AUGGGAGGGGAGUGUUUCUCAUUUGCAGCGCAUGUUGUAAGAGGCAGAUGGUUCAUGGUUUUUGCGACCAUGCUGAUCAUGGCCGGGUCUGGAACAAUGUACGUCUAUAUUCAAUAUAGCAAAGAGAUUGAAGCUCUUGGAUAUGACGAAGCUGCAAUGAAUAAAAUAUCUUUUUACAGAGAUUUUGGAUCAUGCCUGGCGAUUUUCAAUGGCCUCAUUGUUGAGGUGAUACCAACAUGGCUUGGGCUCUUCCUCGGCGCCACCAUGAACUUUGGCGGCUAUUUCAUGAUUUGGCUCGCCGUUAGGCACUCGAUUUCCAAGCCACCAGUUUGGCAGAUGUGCCUUUAUAUUGCUGUCGCAACCAACUCUGCCAACUUUUAUGGCACAGUAGCUCUUGUCAAAUCCGUCCAGAACUUCCCGGUGAGCCGCGGCGUCGUUUUGGGUCUAAUGAAGGGUCUCGUUGGGCUUGGCGGGGCUGUCAUAAUCCAGAUUUACUAUGGUAUAUAUGGAAGUGAUGCCAAGGGUCUUAUUCUUCUGUGUGGAUUGCUUCCAGCCGCAGUAUCACUUCUGUUUAUGUUCACAAUCCGGAAUAUGAACCAUGGAAGGCAACCGAACGAGCUGAAGGUGUUUUUGAAUUUCUUUUAUUUAACUAUCUUGCUUGCACUUUUUAUCAUGGUCAUCAAUUUGCUUGAGAAAUACAUUACCAUGACCGACGCAAUCCAUACGGAAAGUGCAAUGACGGUCACUGUCCUGGUCUUCCUCCCGCUCGUUCUUGUCAUUAAAGAAGAGGCUGCCAUUUGGAAAUUUAACAAACAGCCACCAGUGAAUGUGAAUACUCUUCCUACUGAUCAUCAGCUGGUAACCAUUGAGAAACCACAGGAGGCACCGCCGCCACAAGCUCAGGUAGAAGAGAGUUCGAAGGUGCAGAAAGGAAUAUCUUGUUUUGCAAACAUCUUCAACAAACCAGAAAGAGGAGAAGACCACACCAUUUUGCAAGCAAUUCUAAGCAUCGACAUGCUUUACAUCUUCCUCGUUACUUUAUGUGGAUACGGCUCAGCCUUAACAUCCUAUGACCAGUUAAAACCGAUCGGCAGGGCACUUAAAUAUCACGAAAGACUCGUCCAGUCCAUCACCACACUGGCAAGCAUAUGGAAUUAUUAUGGGAGGGUUUACUCUGGUUUCGUCUCUGAACUCCUUCUUAUGAAAUGGAAACUUCCCCGGUCGAUCAUGAUGUCUGUUGUUCUUCUCCUGCACUGCGUCGGCCUGCUCCUCGUCGCCUUCCCAGAAAUCCCCGGCGCAUACUACGCGGCAUCAGUGAUCCUUGGAUUCACACUUGGCGCGCAAGUUCCAAUAAACUUGGCAAUGAUUUCUGAGUUAUUUGGCCUCAAGUACUACGCUACAUUGCUCAAUUGUUCACAAGUCACAACCAUUCUUUCGGUGUAUAUUAUGAAUACAAAGCUCACGAAAACCCUUUACGCACAAGAGGCAACCAAGCAACUUCCUCAGGGAAUAGAUCCAUCAACCGUGCAGGAUUUGAAAUGCACGGGACACCACUGUUUCAGGGUAUCGUUCUCCAUUUUGGCUACCAUUGCAUUCAUAGGAGCUCUUAUCUCUCUGCAGUUUGCAAGGAGAACGCGAGAAUUUUACAAAGGUGACAUAUAUAAGCGGUUUCGAGCUGCAAGAUAUAGUAGAGGUGAUACGUAUAAGACGUUUAAUGGUGAAACGUAUGUGAAGUUUGAAGGGGGCGUAAAGGCCGCAAAGACAACAGAGAUGGUUCAAUCAUCCUUUGCUAAUGAACGGUAG